UUCUGUGCUUUGCUUUCUUUUCUCUCUUAGCUAAAACAGAUAGGUCAUAUCUCAAUUAUGUAACAUUAGCAUACCCUUUUUUCUUUCUUUCUUUCUUCAAUUUCUCUGCAGUGUGCAGUGUGUGUAUGCUCUUUCUCUUUUGAGGUUCUUCUUGCUUUCUUUGGAUUCUUGGUUCUUAUUUUUUCUGUUUCCUUUUCUUUUAUAGGCUCGAGCCUUUAUUAUUCCUAGCUCCCUUCCUUGGCUCUAAAGAUAAAUUUUCCCUUGAUUUUGCCAAUUUGGUGGAUAUCUGCUUCGUUUUGUCAACUAAACUUUUUUCCUUUGCUUACUGAGAGAACACUGCUUGUAAUUGAAGUUGCUUUUCUGGCUGCUUUCUGUGUCUUCAAGUCUUACUUGGAAGACUCAGAUUUGCUGCAAAUCUCUCAAUUUCCUCAUCAUCACAAGGUUUAAUUUCUUGGUUUUGCUCUAUAGCUACUUGCAGUAGAAAGAACUCAAAGAAGAGAUCAUCAUGGUGAGGGGAAAGACUCAGAUAAAGCGUAUAGAGAACGCCACAAGCAGGCAAGUAACUUUCUCAAAGCGGCGAAAUGGGUUGCUGAAGAAGGCCUUUGAGCUAUCAGUUCUGUGUGAUGCUGAGGUUGCUCUUAUCAUCUUCUCUUCAAGUGGGAAGCUCUAUGAAUUUGCUAGCUCCAGCAUACAGUGUUCAAUUGAACGAUACCGCAGGCAUACCAAGCAUGAUAAUCCAACUACAUUCAGAUCAGUUGAACAAAAUAUGCAGCAUUUGAAGCAAGAGGCAGCAAACAUGAUGAAGAAGAUUGGCCUUCUUGAAGCUGCAAAACGGAAGUUCUUGGGGGAAGGGUUGGGGGCUUGCUCCAUUGAGGAACUGCAACGGAUAGAACAACAGUUGGAGAGGAGUUUAAGUAAUGUUAGAACAAGAAAGAUCCAGGUUUUCAAGGAACAAAUCGAGCAACUAAAAGAAAAGGAAAAAGUCCUACUUGAUGAAAAUGUCAAGCUCACUGAAAAUGGCAGGCUCUCUGAGAAGCAUGGAAUCAAUCUACAAACAGAAACAAAGAAUCAGAAUGUGAAUCAACCCCAAUACAAUGCAGGUAGUCCAAGUUCAGAUGUGGAGACCGAAUUGAUCAUUGGACUUCCGGAUACAAGAACAAGGCGCAUCGUUCAUCAGCUACCACAGCACCAAAAUGGGCUUGAACCAAAUCAAAGAAAAGAGCAACAAGGCGUUCCAAAAGAGGAACUUUGCAACCAGCAGCAUGAAGAGUCACACUAAAAUGAGCAGCACCAUGUAGAUUUUGCAGAAGGCCACAAUGUCGGAAACUCAAAUCCUUGAAACUUUAGCUUAAUUUCUCAGUCUGUAGGAGCUACAGUAUACAAUACAUUGCUACCAUCAUAUAUCAGUGACAAAUAUGAGUAACUUCACAAAACACACUUUUUGGAAGUUCAUUUUUUGCCUCAACAUUAUUAUGCUGGAAAAUGGCAAGUUAAUGUACAAGCUGUGGCACAGUAACAAGAGGGAGAAAUGUUAGGUGGGUUUGUUAGAUGGAAUAAUGAAGGGUUGUGAUAUGAUGUUUUAUUGGAGUGAAUUGUUGGUGAUGAGAUGAAUUUCAAAGGGAAGAAAAUGAAACCAAUUGUACAAACCGACUAUUAAAUGGAGCACCGUAUCUGAGUUGAAGCAGAGUUCUGCUUCUGCCUUGUGAGUUGUGACAGAGAGGUUUGAGAAGCAAAGAAGAAAACCAAGUACGCUAAAGUUUUCAUGUGUCAGAAGUGCAUGGAUAUUUGGGGUUUGUUUUUUUUCCUUCUUUUAAGAUACUUUGAGUUGUGUUUGUUUUUUUCGGAGGGAAAUAAAUUUGUGCAGACAGAAGAUGCGUUUGUUUAGAUUAAGGAGAGAGUUAAUUUUGAAAUUA